CUGAAUUACACACACAAAUCUGUGUAUCAACUCACUGAUCUAGCCCCUAUAAAAUUAAUAACUACAGAAAAGCCAGUAAAAUUCAAAUCAACAACCUCAUUCUGGGAGGACAACACUUGAUUGAACCCGAAUCGGCAUGAGCACGGCACAGACUUGACACCCGGGUUGCCUGAGUUCCUCACGCCUACCCUGCAGUGUCUAGUGCUGAGCUAGUGACAGUCCUCCCACGUUUUUGAAGAGCCGUCACCCUCACUUUGCACAAAUGUAUCAUGAGUAAAAUGUGCAGAAUUAAGUUGUCCUAAUUAGCCCACGCAGUUAGUGGUGCCACUUGGCACCAUACAGUUGUAAACACACACACAGGCCAUGAAAUGUGCAAAUCUUGGUUAAGCAACAGUCUCCCGGUGAUCUAUAUAGGAUUUGUUCAUUUUUAAAAGGUGAUCUUCACAGUGAAAACACAAGAAUAAGGCAUUCUGGUAGAGGAUGCAUAAGCCUCUGAGGAAAGGCCUGCAGACCCUGGUCCUGGGACCCACCCUAGUUUGAGACGCCCCUGUUGACCUUGCAGCAGCCAACUGCUCAGGACAGUGUGGAUCUCAGCACUCAGGUGGAGACAUGUUCAGCUUAGCUCCCAAACUAGAUUAUCAUCCUGUCUGCAGUUUUCUCCCUUCUUGUUCAUAAGAAUAUUAUGAAAAUGUCAGUCAGAUGCCUUGUUGAAAGAAAAUGCACAGGGUUUACCAUUCUCCUGGUGUAUCCAUAAAAAACCCCAUAAAACAGGUUUGUUCAGCAUGACAUGUUUUUUUGCAAUGCCUUUGCCUUAUGAUCACUGCGCUUCCUUACCUCAGUAAUCGUAGUACUGUCCAAUGAUUUAUUUGUUCUAGGAUUUUGCCAAGGCUCGGCGUCUAAUAUUUCAGGAUCUACCCAUCCUCUGCAUUUUCCCCAGAGCUCUCAUACAAUUUACAAGUGUACUGCAAAUUUUCUCCUACCCCGGGGUGCGGUUUGUGUGGCCUUCGGGUCUGGAAAUGCUUUAAGACCCAGAUUCAAUUCUCCUUUCACCUUUCUUUACCUUUUCCCAUUUAAGAACCUUUCUCCCAAAGAGAGAAGCCAGAGGCCAGACAAAUUUCUUCCCAAUCUCUAUCUUCUCCACAGAUGCCCAACAGGGGCUCAAUGCCUGAGCCAUUCUGCCUUUUCAAGUCCCUGAAGUAAUACCCUUCUGCCUUCUGUAGGCCCCAAAAUCUACUUUGCAAAGGUCUAGGAUACAAGUCUGCCCAGUGACCUUUCCCUCAGUGAUUUAUGAGCUAUAAGAUGGCUUAGAUUCUUUCCCCACAAAUUCUCAUGACUUCCUUCAAUUGUAUCUAUCUUCCUCAAUGUUCUUUAUUUAAAAAAAAAAAAGUACAGGAGAGUAUAUUCGUUGUGGGAAAAUGACAAAAUACAGCAAAACAAGGAGAAAAAUUCUUUAAGUCAAGCAAAAUUCAACCACCAAGAGAUAAUGCCAAAAGAAAGUCUGAGGCAAGGGGGCUUGGGUUCUCGACGGGCGUCUUGUGCAUUACUCUCUUUUCUUCCAACAGAUCCACAGACCAGCAUGGCUGCCACUGCCGCUGUCAGUCCCAGUGACUACCUGCAGCCCGCUGCCUCCACCACCCAGGACUCCCAGCCAUCUCCCUUAGCCCUGCUUGCUGCAACAUGUAGCAAAAUUGGCCCUCCAGCUGUUGAAGCUGCUGUGACUCCUCCUGCCCCGCCCCAGCCCACACCACGGAAACUCGUCCCUAUCAAACCUGCCCCUCUCCCUCUCAGUCCCGGCAAGAACAGCUUUGGAAUAUUGUCCUCUAAAGGAAACAUCCUUCAGAUUCAGGGGUCACAACUGAGCACGUCCUAUCCUGGGGGGCAGCUGGUGUUCGCUAUCCAGAAUCCCACCAUGAUCAACAAAGGGACCCGAUCAAAUGCCAACAUCCAGUAUCAGGCAGUCCCGCAGAUUCAGGCGAGCAGUUCCCAGACCAUCCAAGUACAGCCCAGUCUCACCAACCAGAUCCAGAUCAUCCCUGGUACCAACCAAGCCAUCAUCACCCCCUCACCGUCCAGUCACAAGCCUGUCCCCAUCAAGCCAGCUCCUGUCCAGAAGUCGAGUACGACCACCACCCCAGUGCAAAGUGGGGCCAAUGUGGUGAAGUUGACAGGUGGAGGUGGCAAUGUGACCCUUACUUUGCCUGUCAACAACCUUGUGAACACCAGCGACACCGCGGCCCCCACUCAGCUCCUCACAGACAGCCACCCCACCCCACUGUCCAAGACUAAUAAGAAAGCCAGGAAGAAGAGCCUUCCCGCCUCCCAGCCCUCUGUGGCCGUGGCUGAGCAGGUGGAGACGGUGCUGAUCGAGACCACGGCAGACAACAUCAUCCAGGCCGGAAACAACCUGCUCAUCGUUCAGAGCCCUGGCGGGGGCCAGCCAGCUGUGGUCCAGCAGGUCCAGGUGGUGCCUCCCAAGGCCGAGCAGCAGCAGGUGGUGCAGAUCCCCCAACAGGCCCUGCGGGUGGUGCAGGCGGCAUCUGCCACCCUCCCCACCGUCCCCCAGAAGCCCUCCCAGAACUUUCAGAUCCAGGCGGCUGAGCCAACGUCUACUCAGGUCUACAUCCGUACGCCUUCCGGUGAGGUGCAGACAGUCCUUGUCCAGGACAGCCCCCCAGCAACAGCUGUGACCACCUCUACCACCACUUGUAGCAGUCCUGCAUCCCGUGCUCCCCAUCCGAGCGGGACCAGCAAAAAACACUCUGCCGCAAUUCUCCGGAAAGAGCGUCCCCUGCCAAAGAUCGCCCCUGCUGGGAGCAUCAUCAGCCUGAACGCAGCCCAGCUGGCAGCAGCAGCCCAAGCCAUGCAGACCAUCAACAUCAAUGGUGUCCAGGUCCAGGGCGUGCCCGUCACCAUCACCAACACUGGCGGGCAGCAGCAGCUGACAGUGCAGAAUGUUUCUGGGAACAACCUGACCAUCAGUGGGCUGAGCCCCACCCAGAUCCAGCUGCAGAUGGAGCAGGCCCUGUCUGGAGAGGCCCAGCCCGGGGAGAAGCGGCGCCGCAUGGCCUGCACAUGUCCCAACUGCAAGGACGGGGACAAGAGGUCUGGAGAGCAGGGCAAGAAGAAGCACGUGUGCCACAUCCCCGACUGCGGCAAGACUUUCCGGAAGACGUCCCUGCUGCGGGCCCACGUGCGCCUGCACACCGGCGAGCGGCCCUUUGUCUGCAACUGGUUCUUCUGUGGGAAGAGGUUCACGCGGAGUGACGAGCUCCAGCGGCACGCCCGCACCCACACAGGGGACAAACGCUUCGAGUGUGCCCAGUGUCAGAAGCGCUUCAUGAGGAGUGACCACCUCACCAAGCAUUACAAGACCCACCUGGUCACGAAGAACUUGUAAGGCCAACUGAGGCAGGAAGCCCCGAAGAUGGAGCCCCCCGUCUGUCCUGCCUGGGCCGCUGGUGGAAAAGGCCAGUGGCUGCACUGGGCUCACCCCCAGCCCUUCUCUCCUGUUCUGCGACUGUCCCCUCAGGACGGGGCUCUGCUGCCCCAUACUCGCCUCCUGAAGCCUGUUGGCUCUGCCCUGGCCCUUCCCUCUCACCAGACCGUGGACACGGGCCAUGCCCAAUGAGACGUUCUAAACCAGGACGAGCGGGAACCCUUAUUUCCAAAGGAAAAACAUAGAUUUCACUCCGUCGAGGAGCAAAGUGAGCCCCCUCCACCUCCCAACACUGCCGGAGUCGCGUCAUCGUGCCAUGCCCCUCUCUCCUGCACCUCCCUGGCCCCCUGGCCACCUCAGACGCCCCGGGCCCUGCACCCAGGGCACCGCUGGCAUCCACCUCCAGAGAGGCUCAAGAGGCCGCCUCUACUCCACAUGCCCCAGCCCUGCCACAACUCUUCUCCAGCACAUUCCAACUUUCUAUUUAAAAAGUAAAGCUACCCAUGGACUCCCUGAUCCUCCUUUUUCUAUGGAGAACGUUGCCUUAUACUCUACUUCAGAUGAUGAACACUGUGUAUUGUGUGUGCUUUAAAGUUUUAUUUAAUUGCUCCCUUCUUCCUGUCCUUGUUACUCACCUCCCCCAUGCGAGCUUUCAGUUUAGGGUUUUGGGGGGCAAUGAUGAGCAUAUUAAUUUUUUUUUCUCACUCUAGCAAGUCUCUUUUCUAAAUGACACAGCAUUUCAAUUCGAAUCUAGAUUCAGAUAAAAACUUCACAGCCUGAACCUCUCUCCUUUCCUCUCAUCUCACCCCUACCUGCCCAAGCUCUACUAUGUACAGUGUAUAUUGUAUAAUAGACGAUUGUGUCUACUACAUGUUUAAAAACAUAUUGCUUGUUAUUUUUGAGGCUUUUAAAUUAAACAAAAUCCAACUUUAUUUUUAGUUGUAACUGCUUGAGGUAUGUUUUAUGAAUUAAGUGACAGAUUUGGUAUCCUUUAUUAACGAUGUACUUUGUUGUUCAGCACCGGGCUGAUAAAAAUUUUUUCUUGCUAAUAAAUUUAGUUGCCUGAGGCAAAAUCUG